GAGAGAGAGAGAGAGAGAGAGAGACGUCAUUAAGAUAGCGUAUAUUUCCUAGGAGAGUGAUCUACGGAUCUACGAAUUCUUCCUUCUCUAGAUCGAGGACGAUGAUGAUAGUUAUUUAAAACCAUUGACGACCUGAUUUUCCGGAGGGAUAAUAAAUUAGUACAACUUGUGUCCGACGCUUUAAUAAUUAUUAACGCUAUUUUUUUUAUUUGCAUGGUAUUAAAUCUUUAAUGAUUUUAUUUAAUUAGAUUUAUAAUAUAAUUUACUUAAUACAGUCAACGGUUCCGACGUUCUCUAUAGUUUAGCCGCUUAAUUUGGAUGUUAUACACUAAUACAUGUUAAUUAAGUGGAUAAAAACGAAUUAUCUGGUGGAUAUUUUUCCUAUUACUCUAAUAACUUUUAUUUAUGUAUUAUGAUUGGCGGAUUAUUGGAAUGAGUCAUUGUAGAAGUGAUCGGUAAUAUCAUGAGAAUUGUACGAAAAUGCUUCAUGAACAUGUGAUACUUCCUUGUUUCCUGAAAAGAGUGCAGCAUAAUACAAUGACAAAGAGGGAAAGAGAAAGAGAGGAUGUACAAAUCAGCGUAGAUACGAAAAGUCGCUCGAGGUUGAGACGAUAAAACUUAAGCCGUAUCAAGGUGAUACGGCAGCCAUAAUGUCAACGACCGAUUGGCAGUGGCCAUGAUUCCUCCCAAAAUGACAUUGCACGCCGGCGUUCGCCGGAGACGGUAACAUCUUUUAGAUUGUCUCGCUGCGUUUUAUCUGCGAUAAAUGCGAUAAGGAAACGAUAUCUUUCGACGUUGCCUAAUUCGUUGCAAUUGCAACGGCAGAAUGUUAUUGCAGAUUCUGGCAAGGCCGUUACUUUUUAUGUAACUAACGUAAUAUCGCUGUUGCGUUACGGUAUUUGCUCGGUGCGAAUAAAUACGUGAUGAAAGUCGGGACAAUUGACGCGAUACAAAAAUUACGACGGUCUUCUCUAUACGAAAAAGAUUGAAUCGAAGUAAACCUCGGCAUGAACGCGACGACAAACGGCACGAACAUUUACACCAAAAGAUUUUAUUGUCGUUAAUUGAAUAAAGUGAUAUUGGAACUUCGUGCCGUAUGUGAUUUGAUAACGACGGAGUUACCGUCCAAUGGCACGACUCCGACUUCUAUUCGUCUAGCUCCGACGAUAUAUAAAGCGAGGAUAAUGAACGAAGAUAUGAGAAAUUGGGCUUUCUGCUAUUGUAUAUCGCGCGCAUCGAUACGAACGCAGCUGCGCGGCAUCGACUCUCUCGUCUCGCGCGUCGCGUCGCGUCGCGACGCGACAGUCCGCCGUGCACCCGCCGGAUUCACUUAGCGCGCCGAUGUUAGCGCCUUCAGUCGCGUCCGGCCCGCGGUGGCGUGUACGUCGUGGUGCGAGAGUGCUUUUAAGUACACACGGGAUCGCUCGUUCGCCCAUACGUGUCGCACCGCGUUGCCGCGGACGGACGAAUCGCUGGACGAUUAAUUAGUGCCGAAUGUCGCGAUCGCGCCGUCGAUUCUGGUUGUGAGGCGUACGUGCAUCUGUUUUUUUUUUGGGUGCCACGGUGGAACGAGACAGCCAUGGACGCGUGGAUGUACGACGUGGUCUGUAUGAUGUCUGGCGCUACUACGGAAAGUAUGAUUGGGAAUAACAGAACGACGAUGCCGAACAUCAAGCAGGAAGUCGACAAUCCAACGACACCUACGCAAAAUUAUCAAGUAUGCUCGCCUACUACGACCCUUCAGCAUCAGGAGUCAAUAUGCACGAAAUUGGACAUUCCACCAGAUUAUGGCGAUAGCGGUAGUCCCGAGAGUCCAGAAAUGCACCAUUGUUCUUCCACAACGCAACCUUUGGGAGCUCCUGAUGACGGUGUUAAAGAAGAAGAUAUGAUGCCUAGAAGGCUCUGCCUAGUUUGCGGCGAUGUUGCGAGUGGUUUUCACUACGGUGUCGCCUCCUGCGAGGCAUGCAAGGCCUUCUUCAAGAGGACUAUACAAGCCAGCAAUUUUACAGGAAAUAUUGAGUACACGUGUCCAGCUAACGGCGAGUGCGAGAUAAACAAACGCAGGCGGAAGGCGUGCCAAGCGUGUAGAUUUCAGAAAUGCUUGCGACAAGGCAUGUUGAAGGAGGGCGUGAGAUUGGACCGUGUCAGGGGCGGCCGACAGAAGUACAGAAGGUCCACGGAUCCUUACACACCUGUCAAGAGCAGCGCCACGUUAGAGGCUAACGUAACGUCGGCAGCUCCUACCGAAACGAUAAACAACAAGAUGGUCGAGGCCUUAGCUGCCUGCGAACCGGACAUGCUUUCAGUGUCCAGUAUUUCGCAUUCGUUGGAGACAGACCAAAGAGUUCUCGGCCAAUUGUCAGAUCUGUACGAUCGAGAACUAGUUGGAAUAAUCGGUUGGGCCAAGCAGAUUCCAGGAUUUAGCAGUUUAGCUCUGAACGACCAGAUACGACUUCUGCAAAGCACUUGGGCCGAAAUAUUGACCUUCACUCUCGCAUGGAGAAGUACGCCGAACAGUGGCAGAUUGAGGUUCGCGCAAGACUUUACAUUAGAUGAGAGACUUGCGCUCGAAUGCCACUGUAUGGAUUUAUACACACAUUGUAUACAAAUUGUGGAGAGGAUUCAGCGAUUGGGCUUGACGCGAGAGGAAUACUACGUGCUGAAGGCGUUGAUCUUGGCAAACAGCGACGCUAAAUCCGAUGAGCCGCAGGCACUCUACCGUUUCCGUGAUUCGAUCUUGAACUCCUUGUCAGACUGUGUAGCGGCGGUGAGACCCGGUCAAGCGCUCCGCACCACGCAGAACAUGUUCCUAGUAUUACCCAGUCUCAGGCAAGCUGAUGGCAUCGUCAGGCGGUUUUGGUCUAGUGUAUACAGAACGGGGAAAGUACCGAUGAACAAGCUGUUCGUGGAGAUGUUGGAGGCGGUUUGCUAUUAAUAAGUCACCUCGCGUCACGCUCCGUUGUCGUAAGAAAAUUCGAUAACUCGGUUUAUUAUUCUACUAAUGUAAAAUCGACUAUCGCGUCUCAAGUCAAGUCUACGUCAUCGUCGUUGUCGUCGUAUCCAGUCAAAGAAGUGUUUCAGCUUGACAUCGCAGCCAGUUGAAGAUACCAGUGUGAGUGAUAGUGCGAAAAGGGGAGAGACAUGAGUUAUCGGUUCUUCUGCGAUUUUCUUUUACUUUCAACCAAACUACUCGCGAAUUAUUCUUUUUUUUGCGUGCGUAAGAAGGAGAGUGUCGAGAGAAAAAGCGGCGCGAGAGGGAGAAGGAGAAGCAGAAGGUUUGUCGACCGGUGUUUCACGACGAUUUCACGAAUGUUAUUAUAAAUUGCUCGCGGAACGAUCGUGAUAGGACAAUUAUGAGAGGCGCUCGUAGUCUUUGUUCGAAGUAUCCAAAACUUUUCUUUUCGAGUACCCCAUUUACAGGUACAGGGAGAAAGAAAGAUAAUCUUUACGUAAAGGAAUAGUACAAGACUACUUCAGAGUAGUCUUGCAAGAAGACUACUUCAGAGUACUCACAGUUUAGAAUAGCGUGCGAAAGCCAGUGAUAUGGGCGAAUUGAUUUGAAUUUUAUCAGGUGUACGUUCCCGUUUGAUCGUCACGAUCGCAACACCGAACCGUCAGUGAUUAUAGAGAUCCAGAUAAUAACUGUGUAAUAACUGUGGGUGUUUAACGAUGUACUAAUGAUAAUAAUGCUGGUCAAGAAUACAAUCAAAAUUACCGCGAGUAGCAUUCUCUUCGAUUAUUAUUACUUUCUGGAUUUAUAUUAGCUUCGUUUUUUCUCUUUUUUCUUCUCUUUCAUUCGAUAAAUUCUAGCGGCAGGAAUUUCAAUUUGAUCAUGUACCUUCAGCGUGAUAUAUAUUGCCUCGUUUGCAUUAGCACUUGUAAUUUUAAUAGCUUAAAUGUGAGAAAAUCAAGUAAGAAACAUUAAUCAAUAUAUAUAUAUACAUAUAUACAUAUAUACAUAUAUACAUAUAUACAUAUAUAUAUAUACAUAUAUAUAUAGAUAUAUAUAUACAUAUAUAUAUAUAUAUAUAUACAUAUAUAUUUAAUAGUUAUAUAUGCACAUAGAUAUGUGUAUAUAUAUGUGUAUGUACGUAUAUAUUAACGAACAUCCAUAGUUAUAUAUAACGAUGUAGAUUACAUCUUUGUACAAUAUCUUAGAAUACAUCUUUGUACAAUAAACAAGAUCGAGUUUGAUGCGUGCGAAAAUUAGAAAUGGAACAGGGAUAAUGAUAGAGAAUCUGGGCAGAACGUCGAAACGCGUCGCUUUUACGGGUAAUUGGAUCAUCUAAUGUUUCAAGGAUAGGAUAUUGUCCAAGUCGCCGUGGUUUUGUUGACAGUAGAAAUGUUUAGCCGGUUGUUAAAGUGAUCAUAAUACGUCGUUCGACCGUGCCACACAAGAGAAAGAGCAGAAGAAUAUAAUAUUAUAUUAUUACUAAAAUAAUUAUUAAUAUUAUUUUUACGAUCAUUAUUAUUACUAUUACGCGCGCGUUUAUUAUUAAUAUUAUUAGUGCUAUCAUUAUUAAUAUUAUUAUAUAUAUUCAGGGAUCUUUAUUGUCUAGCUAUCGUUAAUUAUCACGAUAUUGUUACGAGAGAUCAGCGAGCAGGUGUUGUACGCAUAAUAUCACUUUCCGCGUCGAUACGUGAUCGUAACAUUAUUAAAAGUCUUCACUCAUGACCGAGAACUUACAAAGAGAGAACGGAGAUUACACACACACACACAUACACACACGCGCGCGCGCGCGCACACACACACACACACAUAGAAAAUGAGAAAAUUUUAUGCAGCUUUGUUUGGAGAUUAUUAUCGUGAGCCUCACGACGGUUUUCAUCGAUUUUAAGAUCCCAGCUGUUGUCGCUCUCGUAUCCUGACAGUUGCGAGAGAAAUUUAUUCUAUCGUUUAGAACUACGAUCAAUGUUAAAUUACGGAAAAUCAAGUUUCACUGCGAAUUCGAACUGCGGGAGCUAGCUAUGGAAAGCCGUAUCUCGUACGUGUGAUAUUAUCGUUAUGAGUGCAGAGUGCAAUAAAGUCCGCAGUUUAUUUUCUCGCUUAAUGACACGAUAGCGUCGCCUCUUUGCUCUUCUAUCGAUUCUCACGAUUGUCCUAUCUUCUCUUCAUAAUGUGUAACUCACACGGAAUCUUUCUUUUGAUUCUUUCUGCAUUUAAAUCCAUGGACAAUCUUGCACUCGUUUAACAAAUUUGCUUCAGUCUGUUGCGUUCGCGAUUUUGCUUCACGCGCGGAUAUAUACUACCUUUUCGCGAGCAUUUUUGUAAAAAUGAAAAAUGUUUAUGGAAAAGAAGAAAGACUUGAUAGAUUUUUCCAAGUAUUCUCCAUGAGGUUCACGAUAGUAGCAUUCGCUACGACGCGUACUUUGUACUACGACGAGUUCGCAUCCCACAUUGACUGUCAGUUGUUUAUCUCGGUCUUUCAUUAAGAUUUAAUCCUUGCAAACAGAGCUUUCUCUUGAUGACAUUCCCUGUGCAACAGGAUACUCUGAUACAUCUCCUUUGUUUCUCGUCUUCGUUGAAGCCAACGAGCUUCCUCAUUUAACUGUGAUAUUCGCGUUAUUCGGUGCAUCGAGUUCACAACCGCGUUUUUACCUCGCUGCGCGACUUUGGUCGCUGAAAACGUGCGUUUCGGAAAUGAUCGACGGCCCAUCAGCGAUGUCCAUCCGUUAGCAGCCCAAGUAUGCUUUCGCGCGAGCUUUUUGAGAUUCUCGCUCGAACGUUUCUUACUCAGGAAAACAGAUAUCAGAAUGUCGUCGUAAAAUGUUCCCCCUCGUACGACACACGCCGACGAUUUUGUCCAAGAACUAUUUCCCUCUCUUUUUUCCCUUUCUUCAUAGAAAAUUCUGCGAACUGCGCCAUUCCCUCGAUGAUCCUUUACAUUUCUUUUUUCUCGACGAAGUUUGCGAUCGAUCAUUGACGAUUAUGCAACUCCUGCUGCUUGAUAUCGCAUAGUUACCCUUCCCUUCCCUCGUUCCUCACUCGCGCCGGCGCGAUGGAUAUAAAGAUUUUUAGUGAUGCUAAGGUAUUAGAGUGAGUAUUUUCGUGCGCGCCCGUCGCUGUACUGGAGAGGGACGAAAAGAAGAGAGAAGAAGAAGAAAGAGAAGAAAAGAGCGCGAAGUGUUUUUACACAACUGACUUUUAUGUGUACCGCCAGUUUAAUAUCUUUUCGAGCAUUUUCUUUGUACAUAUAAUCACCACGAUUCGCCGUGGCGGUAGAAUCGUAGUCUCAGGGUUGCAAAUAAGCAAACGCGAUACAAACAAUACGCUAGACACAAUACAAAAUAGUUAAGUGUGCGAAUAUACUUGUUGAGAUCGAGCAUUAAUAAUAAUAGCGAUGAAGGUUUAGAUUUUAAACGAAAAGAAGGAAAAAGGAAUAGUACGCGUUAUGCAAAAGUGCGCCGCUACGUUGUUGAACGUAAACGCGAAGUUCGCAGAUGAUACUGAGACACGACGGCGAUCACUGAGCGCGAAAACGAUAGAAACGGAAACGUGCUUGGUGAGAUGAAAUUAUCAAUUAAAGCAUAAUAAUUAUGUUAACGAUAAAACUAUGCAUAAUUUAUUAUUUUGUAAGAAAAAAAUAUUUAUAUAUUUACUCUCUUAGAGAGAAAAAGAGAGAUCUUUUCUCUCAGAGAAGAUUCUCAAAGAUCACGUCGUGGUUUCUUUGAGUGAUUUGACGUGUAUUGAAACGCAAAUCAGUCAAAAUGUCACCGAGUCGUUUUCUGUUUCAUUUCGUGUCUCAUGAGUCUCGUCGCUUUUGUCUCAAGUCCUUCAAUGUAACAAGUUGCGCCUGUGAAUGAGGAAAAGAGAUGCUGCUUCUACGCCGCCGAUUAUAAAUAUGUACGUAGUUACUUUGUAAUUAUAACACGGUAGAUUCUAUAUGUAAUUUUUAUAUCUACGCGUACUGUGAGAGGGAGUUGUCUGUAAUACGGUGUAUACCCAUCUACGAAAGUGAUACCGAAGAAACAGAGAAAAGCCAACGUCGAUGUGGCUGAUGCGACACCUACGCGACGAUCGAAAUCAGCGCGUCAUGGAAUAUCGUGAUGCGCAUAAUUACAAUAAUUUGUAUGAGAGAAAGAAAACGCGGGAGAAAGUAAGUGGAUGGGUGAAUGAAGUGUGUGUGUAUGUGUGAGAGAGAGAGAGAGAGAGAGAGAGAGAGAAAGAAAGAUGAAAAAAAGACGUGUCUGUGGAUGUGUAUGAAUUAGGAUGACGAUAUUUACAACGAGAUGCAGAAAAUAAACCAACAAAAGAUACACUA